AGCUCUCAGGCACAUAACACAAGCAACCUCAGAACAAAGAUAGAGCUAGGCUGAUCAGCUUUUGGGACCAGGCACAUACACACAUACACAAAGGAGAAACAGGAGAAAGAACAGCACAGACUGCUAACAUGAGGCUCUUCCAACUUUUUUUUCCUUUAUUAUGGUUGCUGUGUAAAGGUGAGGUCAUUGUACUUAGAGAAAUGUAUGGUGAGAUCCGAACACCCAAUUUUCCAGAAUUGUAUCCAAGUGAUUCAGAGGUGACCUGGAAUAUAACUGUGCCAGAAGGAUUCAGAAUCAGGCUGUACUUUAUUCACUUUGACCUGGAACCAUCUUACCUCUGUGAAUAUGACUAUGCUAAGGUGGAGACUGAUGAGCAAGUGGUGACAACAUUCUGUGGAAAGGAAAGUACUGACACAGAACAAGCUCCAGGGAAGCAAGUAAUCACAUCUCCUGGAAACUUUCUCAGCCUUACUUUUAGGUCUGAUUUCUCCAAUGAAGAACGUUACACCGGCUUUGAUGCUCACUAUAGUGCAGUUGAUGUAGAUGAGUGUGCGGAGGGAAUUGAUGAAGAUAUGGUAUGUGACCAUCACUGCCACAAUUAUAUUGGUGGAUUCUACUGUUCCUGCAGAUUUGGCUAUCUUCUCCACUCAGAUAACAGGACAUGCAAAGUGGAAUGCAGCGAUAAUCUGUACACACAAAGGAGUGGAACAAUUUCAAGCGCAGAUUAUCCUAAUUCGUAUCCCAAGAGCUCUGAUUGCCUGUAUCGAAUUGAGCUGGAGGAAGGAUUUGUGGUCAAUCUUCAAUUUGAUGACAGCUUUGAUAUUGAAGACCACCCAGAAGUGUCUUGUCCUUAUGAUUACCUAAAGAUCAAAGCUGGAAAAAAAGAAUUUGGUCCUAUUUGUGGAGAUAAAUCACCAGGAAGAAUAGAAACUGGAAGCAACAGUGUUCAGAUCUUGUUCCACAGUGACGGUUCUGGAGAAAAUGGAGGAUGGAAGCUGUCUUACACGGUCACAGGUGUUUCAUGCCCCGAUCUUCAGGAACCCUCAAAUGGGAAAAUUGAACCUUCUCAAACAAAGUACACUUUUAAAGACCAAGCUGUGAUUACAUGUAACACUGGAUAUCGGGUUCUAAAGGACAAUGUUGAGAUGGACAGUUUCCAGAUUGAGUGCUGGAAAGAUGGAACAUGGAGUAACCAGGUCCCAAAAUGCCAAAUUGUUGACUGCAAGUUGCCAAAAGAACUUGAAAAUGGAUUGAUUACCUUCUCUACAUCAGAAAAUACUACCACAUACCAAUCAAGUAUUACAUAUUCCUGCAGAGAACCAUACUACACAAUGACCCCAAACAUUACUGCUGUUUAUUUCUGUAAAGAAAAUGGAGAGUGGAUAAACUCAGAAAUUGGAAUCAAGCUUCCUAUAUGCGAGCCAGUGUGUGGAAAGCCGAUUCGUCAGCUCCCUGGAAUAGUCAAGCGUAUCAUCGGGGGUCGUAAUGCAGAACCAGGAUUUUUCCCUUGGCAGGCGCUCAUUGUGGUAGAAGAUAUGUCCCGUGUUCCAGAGGAUAAAUGGUUUGGCAGUGGUGCCCUUCUAUCGGAUUACUGGGUCCUCACAGCUGCCCAUGUGUUAAAGUCUCAACGCCGUGAUAACACCGUCAUUCCUGUGUCAAAGGAACACGUCACUGUUUACUUGGGGUUGCACGAUGUAAGAAAUAAAACAGAUGCCGUCAGCAGAACCAUAGACAAAAUUAUUUUGCAUGAAGAUUUUGACCCAAAGAUUUACAACCAUGAUAUUGCUCUUGUGAAGUUAAAAGAAAAAGUAACAAUGAACCAGUAUAUAUUGCCAGUAUGUCUACCUGAGCUUGACCAUGAGUUACAAGGUCCACAGCCCAAUACUCUUGGUCUUGUGGCUGGGUGGGGUAUAUCAAACCCUAAUAUCACAGUGGAUGAAGUGAUAAGCUCUGGCAUGAGGACACUGUCAGAUGUCCUGCAAUAUGUUAAAUUACCAGUGGUGCUCCAUGCAGAGUGUAAGGCAAGCUAUGAGUCUCGCUCUGGAAAUUAUAGUGUAACUGAAAACAUGUUCUGUGCUGGGUUUUAUGAAGGUGGGAAAGACACUUGUCUGGGAGACAGCGGAGGUGCCUUUGUAAUUCAGGACACUGAUACAAAGAGGUGGGUGGCCCAAGGUCUGGUGUCCUGGGGAGGCCCAGAAGAAUGUGGAAGCAAACAAGUAUAUGGAGUAUAUACCAAAGUUUCAAACUAUGUGAACUGGCUAGAUAACCAGAUCUACACCUGAACAAGUCAAUGCAUCUCAGUGGAAUUUUCAGCUUGAGUGGUAAAAAACAUAUAUGGCAGGUUUUUUGUGAAGCCACAGGACAAACCAAUACAACUAUUUCAUCAAUGUUCCUAUCUUUGGUUACAAAAU